AUGCAAACGAAGUGUGAUCAUUUGAUCAUACCAAAUUUGAGAAUUAGUACACACUAACUUCAUAAUUAGCACAGGUCUAAUUCUAGUACUCGUUCUCGGAGCUUAGUCUGGUACAUAUGUCAUGGUUAAUUUCUUAGACGAAAAUGAAGCUAUCUUAUCUAGCCUAUCUAAUUUAGUAAAAGACUACUACUUAAAUCUCCCACAAAUUGAAAAUUAUAUAUCUAUCAAAUUAUUCAAUCCCCCUUCUCUUCAGACUCUCUCUCAAACACACCUAUGCAGUUUCAAGCAGACAAAUCUCAAGCACAGGACAAAAUGGGAAACGAAAUCUCCACCGAGUUGUCAAACCAAAUUUUCACUCCGCCAGCCAAGAAGCAAAAGACCGGGAGCGAAGGAAGCCAAGAUAGUACUUCUACCGUCACGAUACCUUCCUGGCACUGCUGCGAUGGAUCCAAAAACAAACAAAAAAUGGCAGUCCUCCAACAAGUCGCAGACAAAACGCAAGAAGGCAAAGAGAAGAAACUCACCAAUGAGCGACCUUCUUGGCACAACUACGACGCUUCAGAAGCAGUUGAACGUAUCUGGCCAUCAAUGAACAAGGGAAAGCGAAAGGAAAAUGGAAAUGGAAAGGGAAAGGAAAAGGAAAAGGAGAAGGAAAAGGACAAGGGAAAGGGAAAGGAAAGAGAAGUUGUGAACACCAAGGAUAUGGAGGAUUUGGAUUCGGGUAUUUCUCCCUGGGAUGGAUAUCUUAUUGAAACUCUCAGAGAGAUGGAGGAGGAGCUCGAGAGUUGGUUGAGGGAUCCUGGUAUUGUUGGUUGGAAUGGAAGAAAGGUUGGGGAGAGUAGCAAGAUGGGUGAGAUGCGAGGUAGGAGAUACAAGUAG